AAAUUUGAAGAUAACAAAAACGACAUAAUUACUCCAUUUUUUCUUUCUUUCUUUCUAUUAUUUGGUAAAUUGAUUAUAGCCCAUUUGUCACCAGCGCGCAACAAAGAAAAACCAAAGUAGUUGCAGUCAUCUAUCGAGAGAGAGAGAGAGAGAGAGAGGUUGCUUAGACAGAAAGGGAGAGUUAGAGGGAAUUUAACGCUGCGAGAUCAUUGCACAGAGCGAGUUAGAGUCGGUUUGAGAUUUGCAGAGAGAGAGAGAGAGAGACGGAGAGUUAGGAGUAGAUUUUGAUUCACGCACAACAUAGAGAGGGAGGGGGGAGGGACUAUGGCGAAGAAGGAAGUUUCUGCAACAGUCUCUUCGGCGCCAGCACCACUACGUCCUACAAUAACGCUCCCAUCACGUCCAUCCUUGGAGACCUUCUUCACCGGUGGUCCAGGAGCCAGCCCCGGUCCCAUGACUCUGGUCUCCAGCUUCUUCUCUGAUAACUAUCCGGACGCUGAGUGCCGUUCCUUCUCUCAGCUCCUCGCCGGAGCCAUGGCCUCUCCGCUCGCCAGGCCCAACUUCUAUACCGACAAUUCCGCUGGUAAUUCGGCCAAGGAACCUGGUACUGAUACGCCUUCUGGGUUUAAGCAGAGUAGGCCAAUGAAUUUGGUGGUUGCGCGGUCGCCAAUGUUCACAAUUCCACCUGGGUUGAGCCCCUCUGGCUUGCUUAACUCGCCAGGGUUCUUUUCGCCGCUGAGCCCCUUUGGAAUGUCCCAUCAGCAGGCCUUGGCACAGGUUACAGCUCAAGCUGCAUUUGCCCAAUCCCAAAUUCUAGCUGAAUACCAGCCUUCUUCAGUGGCAGCUCCUACAGAGUCACUGACACAUAAUCCAUCCUUUACUCUAAAUGAAGCUUCACAACAACACAUGGCACCAUCCACAGUGGAUCCCAGAAGUUCAAUGAUGGAAUCAUCAGAGGCCUCUUAUCCUGAUAGGAAAUACCAACCCUCUUCCAGUGCCAUUGAUAAGCCUGCUGAUGAUGGCUACAAUUGGCGUAAAUAUGGGCAGAAGCAGGUAAAGGGCAGUGAAUGUCCACGAAGCUAUUACAAAUGUACACAUCUGAAUUGCCCUGUCAAAAAAAAGGUUGAGCGUUCUCCUAAUGGCCAAAUAACUGAAAUUAUCUACAAAGGCCAGCAUAAUCAUGAACUGCCUCUACCCAAUAGGCGUGCAAAAGAAGGUGGUGAUGUAAAUGGAAAUAUGAAUUCUCAGGCUAAACCAAAUCUGGAUUUGCAAAGUCAAGCUGGAAAUUGGAACCCAGCAAGCGAUGUGGUGCCAGAUCAUUCAGUUCCUCAGAGUGAUCAGGAAUCUACUCAAGCAGGACCCCUUCAGUUACCUGCAUCAAGUGACAGUGAGGAGGAAGGUGAUGCGGAAGCAAGAGAAGAGGGGGAUCUUACGGAGCCAAAUCCAAAGAGAAGGGUCACAGAUGCUGUCACAUCUGAGAUACCUUUCCCACACAAGACUGUCACAGAACCAAAAAUCAUUGUGCAAACAAGAAGUGAAGUUGAUCUUUUAGAUGAUGGCUACAGGUGGCGCAAGUAUGGCCAGAAGGUGGUAAAAGGCAAUCCUCAUCCAAGGAGCUAUUACAAAUGCACUAAUUCUGGAUGCAAUGUCCGUAAACAUGUUGAGAGAGCUUCAACAGAUCCCAAAGCUGUCGUAACUACAUAUGAGGGGAAGCACAAUCACGAUAUCCCAGCAGCUAGAAACAACAGCCAUAACACAGCCAAUAGAAUUGCACAGCAGAAGGUGGUGUCUGAGAAACUUUCACUGCUCAAAGAUAUAGGUUUUGGAAAUAAUGACCAAAGACCAGUGCCUCUACGGCUAAAAGAAGAGCAAAUCACUGUGUAAAGGGCUCUGCCAAAAUCUCUUUUGCAGCCAUCAGGUCAGCGGUUGAUUCCAGUGGACUAACAUAGGUACUUCCUGUGUAAUUGGCUGACGACACUUCCUGUUUAUACUCUCCUCCGCUUGCUUUUGUAAAUUGAAAUUCAGAUUUGAUCUCCCAUGUGAUUUUGUUAACACCUAAAAUAGGAGAUAACUUGAAGUAGUUACAUAUGGUUGUAGCUUUCAGUUCCUUGGCUGUUAUUGGUCUUGUUUAAUUUUCUCACAGGCAAUUUGAGGUCCAAGCAAAGAACCAUAGUGAUAUAUUUAUGUAUGGCAGUCAAUCUUCCUUCGUGAA